GUGUAUGUGGGGAUUUUGAGAAAAAUAAGAGAGCAAAUAAGAGAGCAAUAGUAUGAGUUUUGACGCGCGACUGAUCGGUUAUUUAUGCUUUGAUCUCUUUCUCGCCUCUGCUACUAUUGGUGUGACGGGUGUGACGAUGUUCCACGAGAGUGGUGACCACUCUCUUGUGUGUAUUUUUUUUUGAGAACGAUUGAGAGAUAAGAGGUGGGAGAGCAUGAGAGAGAGAUGAUAGGCUUUUCGGGGUACAAAAAAAGAGAGUCUCUCGUGACUGGUAUUGUGCGUUUGGGAGAGUGAGUGAGAGGAUGAUCAUUGGUGGGAUCUGGUGUUUUGAAAAAGAGAGGCGAUUGCUCUUCUCAACAAAAAAAAAAGCCGAUCACCACGCGAUUUCCCCACUCGAAAAAUAUCAACAUUGGUGUGAUCGCUCUACGAUCUUUGGGCUACUCUUUGGCUGCUGCUCUCUCGGAGUGCGCUGGAAUUGUGAGUAGUAUAUAAGUACCCCUCUACUGCUUCACGUCCAGAGGCCGGCAGCUAUAAAAGUCGCAAGGACAUGUAGAGUCUCUAUAGUGUCUGUUACAUUUAACGUGAGAACGGACUGUUACUGCACCAACUCGUGUGACAAACUUUUUUUUUUGGUAUUUCGUGGUUCCAUCUCUAUCUCUGGAUUACUAUUGAAGAUAAACUGAUACAAGAUUUACCAGAGAUUUUUUUUUAAAAAAUAAUUUUUUUUCCCGGAUUUUCGGUUUCGGUUUUUCGAAGUGACGAUAUUUUCCCGCCAAAUUUCCGGCUGAAUUUUCUUGAGAGACUUUUUUUUGAGCAGAGACAAGCAAAAUGUGGAGUGAUUUGGAUGUGAAGGAGGUCCGGAGUUGCCUCUAUGUGUUCAUAAGUGUCUUGCUGAUGGUGGUGUUGAUUCAGUGGCUCCUCAAGUGCUACAGGGAGAUCAAACUACUACCACCAGGACCAUGGGGUAUUCCCGUCAUGGGAUAUCUGGCAUUCCUUGGUCAGGAGAAGCAUACGCAGUAUAUGGAACUGGCCAAGAAGUACGGUGGUGUUUUCAGUGCACGCCUCGGAACACAAUUGACCGUGGUUGUGAGUGACUACAAGGUGAUCAGAGAUACCUUCCGGAAGAAAGAAUACACCGGACGUCCCGAUACACCCUUCAUCCAGACUAUGGAUGGUUUUGGUAUAAUCAACAGUGAAGGGAAAUUAUGGAGGGAUCAGAGGAGAUUUCUGCAUGAUAAACUCAGACAACUCGGUGUAACGUACAUGGGCAAGGGAAAGGAUGUCAUGGAGAAGAGAAUAAUGACCGAGGUGAAUGAUUAUCUAUCAACAUUAGCAGCAUCCAAUGGCAAUUCAAUUGAUAUGAGCCCAGUUCUUGCGGUGGCUGUUAGCAAUGUCAUUUGCAAUAUAAUGAUGUCAGUGCGUUUUUCAUUGGAUGAUCCAAAAUUUCAGCGAUUUACAUGGCUCAUUGAGGAGGGUAUGAGACUUUUUGGGGAGAUUACAACAGUUGACUACAUUCCGACAAUUCAGUAUCUCCCAGGGAAUUUGAAUGCAAAGAAUAAGAUAGCAAAAAAUCGAAAGGAAAUGUUUCAGUUCUACCGUGAGGUGAUCGAUGAGCACAAGAGUACAUUCGAUGCCAGCAACAUUCGUGACUUAGUCGACAUGUACUUAGCUGAAAUUGAGAAAGCCAAAGAAGAAGGUCGCAGUAGUGAACUAUUUGAAGGCAAAGAUCAUGAGCAACAAAUUAUGCAAGUUAUUGGUGAUCUCUUUUCGGCUGGCAUGGAAACCAUUAAGACAACAUUGCUGUGGAUAAAUGUGUUUAUGCUGAGGAAUCCGCAGGUGAUGCGGAAGGUUCAGGAGGAGCUGGAUCUUGUGGUUGGACGCAGCCGAUUGCCACGAAUUGAAGAUCUGCCCUUCCUACCAUACACCGAAAGUACAAUUUUGGAAGCGAUGCGACGAUCGAGCAUCGUUCCACUGGCUACAACUCACUCACCUACAAGGGAUGUAACCCUCAAUGGCUAUGUAAUUCCUGCUGGAGCUCAUGUUGUUCCACUGAUCAACAGUGUCCACAUGGAUCCAACUCUCUGGGACAAUCCCGAAGAAUUCAAUCCAAAUCGCUUUAUAAAUGCCGAAGGCAAAGUUCAGAAGCCAGAAUACUUCAUGCCCUUCGGUGUAGGCCGUCGAAUGUGUUUGGGUGAUGUCCUGGCCCGAAUGGAACUCUUUCUCUUCUUCUCCUCCCUCAUGCACACCUUCGAUCUCAAGCUGCCCGAUGGUGAACCCAUGCCGAGCCUCAAAGGUCAGGUUGGUGUUACAAUCACCCCAAAAGCCUUCCGUGUCUGCCUUACACCGCGUCCCCUGGCUGUGCCCCAAGUCAUCGUGAGUGAUCCUGUGACUGGCACUCUGAGAAAUAUUGAAACUCCCUAAAGAAAAUGUGCACAGUUUUUCCCGAUGACCUCUACAUUUUUCCGCACACACAAAAAAAAGGAAAAUCCGUCAAAUUUCCUGCGCAUCCGAGACAGAGAAAUUUUUUUGUGUCAACAAGCCUCGAAAAAAAAAGUCCCAGAGCACGGUUUCGGUUCCUAAACUCUAAUCUCAAAGAUGACAAAAGAAUAAUGGACAAAAAAGCAAUCCAAGCAAUCUUCAGGAGUCCCAACAAAAUCCUCCAAAUGCCGCAAAAAGAUGAUUUCCAAUAGAAAUGCAUUACAGUACAUGCCGACAAAAUUGCAUCCAGCUCAUGUGAAGCAAGAGAAGAAGAAGAAGAAGAAGAAAAAAGACGUUAGAUAAGAAAACGAGAUUCAAUGCUAGUCAUUGUGUGUAAGUGAGAAGACAAAAGAAAAUUGCGAAGAAGAGAGCAAGGAAAUGACAUGAGACAAAUCCUUCCCUCAGCCAAAAUAAAAAAAAAACAAUCGCAGAUGAAAAGAAGAGAAAAAACGAUCCAGAGUUGACAAAAAUCCAAGACAUUGCAGAAAAGAAGAAGAAGAAAUGGAGAAGGAGUUAAAAAUCCACCCCACAAUGUGUUCAGUUACUCUAGCGACAAACUUAUUUUGUGUACAACAUUUUUAAUUUAUAAAAAAAAAACAAAACGAGAAAAAUUGAGUUUAUCGUAGAUGUUAGGUGUUAAAAGAUGUUCAUAAUUAAAAUACUUCAUAAGUGAAUAAUGUUUUAAUCAUUCCAGAAUGCCAAAAUUGUCUAUCAAGCAUUCCAUACUUUUUUUCUUAUUAUUUUUUUAUUGCAUGAAAAUUCACAAUAAAAAUAUUAAGUACCAA